CGCGAAAAGUGAAAUUUGCGUUUGAAGCGGCGGAGAUCGAUCAAGCGAUUUGCGUUUGAGAUCCUUAUGAGGAGCUCGAACCGCUCAUCCCCUCUUUCAUCUCCUCCUCCUCCUCCGCUUACGUAACCCUAACGAAGUCGGAGAAUCUCUGGUGAAUUGAUCUUGAUUUCAAUCUUCCUCUCCCAGAAAAAAAAUCUCCAUCGAAAUCGAACGCAAGUGGUGGGAUUAAAGGGAGAGCAAUGGAUUUGGAUCAAUGGAUUUCGAAGGUUAAAGACGGUCAGCAUCUCUCCGAGGACGAGCUUCAGCGUCUCUGCGAAUACGUGAAAGAGAUUCUGAUUGAGGAGUCAAACGUGCAGCCUGUCAACAGUCCAGUCACCGUCUGUGGUGACAUCCAUGGCCAGUUUCAUGAUCUCAUGAAGCUUUUUCAGACCGGUGGUCAUGUUCCCGACACCAACUACAUAUUUAUGGGGGACUUUGUGGAUAGAGGUUACAACAGCCUUGAAGUCUUCACUAUUCUCUUGCUUCUUAAAGCUAGACAUCCAGCCAAUAUUACACUUCUGCGUGGAAAUCAUGAAAGUAGACAGCUAACGCAGGUUUAUGGUUUCUAUGACGAAUGUCAAAGGAAGUAUGGUAACGCUAAUGCAUGGCGAUAUUGCACAGAUGUUUUUGACUAUCUUACCAUAUCAGCUAUUAUUGAUAGCACUGUUCUUUGUGUUCAUGGUGGCCUUUCCCCGGAUGUGCGGACAAUUGAUCAGAUAAGACUGGUCGAUCGAAAUUGUGAAAUUCCCCAUGAAGGUCCCUUUUGCGAUCUUAUGUGGAGCGAUCCUGAAGAUAUUGAAACAUGGGCUGUUAGUCCACGUGGAGCUGGUUGGCUUUUCGGAUCGAGGGUUACCACUGAGUUCAACCACAUCAACAAGCUUGAUCUAGUAUGCCGUGCACACCAGCUGGUACAAGAAGGUCUCAAGUACAUGUUCCAAGAUAAAGGCCUUGUAACUGUAUGGUCUGCACCUAAUUACUGUUACCGGUGUGGCAAUGUCGCUUCUAUAUUGAUUUUCGAUGAAAACAUGGAAAGGGAUGUGAAGUACUUUAACGAGACAGAAGAGAACAAUCAAAUGAGAGGGCCAAGGACAGGAGUUCCGUAUUUCCUGUAAUGAAAACAAUUAUGUUUGCCCCCCUUCUUCCAUCGCUGCGAUGAUGAUGAUGGUGAUGAAGCCAUUGCUAGCUACCAUUGACAAUAUGUUCAGUCUCAAAAGAUUAUAUGUAGAUCUUAGGUAACACUCUGACUGAAGUAGUUUUGUGUCUACACGUGAUUCUCUUUGCUUCCUUCUGUUUUUCUUUACUGAGACCCCAAUCUUUUCUUAUGUAUUGUUCACUUACACUGUUACUCUGCUUUUUGUUGUUGUGAAGAUGACACUAACUCUAAAUCUUUCUUUCGCUGUGUGGUUA